AGUUCACUUUCGCAGUGCAAAAUGAUCGUACAGGUGUUGCUCUCCGUUCUCCUGGUGUCAAUCACUCUGACUGAAGGUAGUCGCAUUCGAGGAGGAAACAUUAGGGAAGCUUUUGAAGAAUCUUCCUCUGAAUCAUCCUCUGGUUCCUCUUCCUCACCAUCUUCGGAAUCAACAGAAGAAGUGAAGCGUGAUACUAAAGAAUCAUCCUCUGAAUCAUCAGAAUCGACAGAAGAAGAUGAGAGCGAUGAUGAAGAAUCGUCUUCGGAAUCCUCCUCAGAAUCGACAGAAGAUGGUGACAGCAAUGAUGAAGAAUCUUCCUCUGAAUUAUCCUCUGGUUCCUCUUCCUCAUCAUCCUCGGAGUCAACAGAAGAAGUGAAGCGUGAUAUUGAAGAAUCGCCAAAAGAAAAAAAGAGAGCAACGAUUAAGAAUCGUCCUCUGAAUUAUCAGAAUCGACAGAAGAAACUGAGAUUAAGGAAAAAGAAUCGUCCUCUGAAUCUUCAGAAUCGACAUAAGAAACUGAGAUUAAGGAAAAAGAAUCGUCCUCUGAAUCUUCAGAAUCGACAGAAGAAACUGAGAUUAAGGAAAAAGAAUCGUCCUCUGAAUUAUCAGAAUCGACAGAAGAAACUGAGAUUAAGGAAAAAUAAUCGUCCUCUGAAUUAUCAGAACCGACAGAAGAAACUGAGAUUAAGGAAAAAGAAUCGUCCUCUGAAUUAUCAGAAUCGACAAAAGAAACUGAGAUUAAGGAAAAAGAAUCGUCCUCUGAAUCUUCAGAAUCGACAUAAGAAACUGAGAUUAAGGAAAAAGAAUCGUCCUCUGAAUUAUCAGAAUCGACAGAAGAAACUGAGAUUAAGGAAAAAGAAUCGUCCUCUGAAUCAUCAGAAUCGACAGAAGAAACUGAGAUUAAGGAAAAAGAAUCGUCCUCUGAAUCUUCAGAAUCGACAGAAGAAACUGAGAUUAAGGAAAAAGAAUCGUCCUCUAAAUCUUCAGAAUCGACAGAAGAAACUGAGAUUAAGGAAAAAGAAUCGUCCUCUAAAUCUUCAGAAUCGACAGAAGAAACUGAGAUUAAGGAAAAAGAAUCGUCCUCUGAAUCUUCAGAAUCGACAGAAGAAACUGAGAUUAAGGAAAAAGAAUCGUCCUCUGAAUUAUCAGAAUCGACAGAAGAAACUGAGAGUAACGAAAAAGAAUCGUCCUCUGAAUCUUCAGAAUCGACAGAAGAAACUGAGAUUAAGGAAAAAGAAUCGUCCUCUGAAUCUUCAGAAUCGACAGAAGAAACUGAGAUUAAGGAAAAAGAAUCGUCCUCUGAAUCUUCAGAAUCGACAGAAGAAACUGAGAUUAAGGAAAAAGAAUCGUCCUCUGAAUUAUCAGAAUCGACAGAAGAAACUGAGAUUAAGGAAAAAGAAUCGUCCUCUGAAUCAUCAGAAUCGACAGAAGAAACUGAGAACAUAGAUAUAGAAUCAUCAUCGGAAUCAUCCGUCAGACGAAAAAGAGAACGUAGAAGCGAAAUUUGCAUAGAGGAUGGAACACUGCUUGGAAACCUGCCUUUAUCAACUGUGCAGAAAUAUCGACCGAUAGCAUUUCAAUUGUAUGUUUUAUAGAAUAAAAAGUUCGUGACAA